UUACGAGUAUAAGCAUAUGCACUACGGUAUAAGUAAACGAUUGCCUCUAAUAAGAAUCUGGUAAAUAUAAAUAUUAUAGUUACAGAUUAUGAUUAGUAAAUAUGCGGCGGUCUCAUCACCGGUAAAUUUCAGUAUAACAAUUUUAAUUUAAUCAAUUCUACCAGACUCAGUUCCACCAGUCCAUUCCACUCCUUCACAUCCGGUCGACGAUUCUGCGCCAUCGGCGGUAUUGUCAAAAAACAGAAGUCCUGGCUGUCCUGCCAACUGCCAAGUAUCGCACGUGCUUACCCGUGAGCCGUGGGGCAGGCAGGUGGACCCGUUGGGUGGCUGUGCAUACUGUGCAGUGUGCAGCUAUGCUGUUAAAAAUUUGAUGAGACUACUCAUACUGUACCCGAUUUUCUUUUGAGGUUAAAAAUUUUUAACAGCUAUGCUGUUAAAAUUUUUAAUUUUUUAAAUCAAAUUUUUAAUUUUUUAAAUCAAAUUUUUAACAGCUAUGCUGUUAAAAAUUUGAUGAGACUACCCGAGACUACCCGAUGAGACUACCCGAGACUAACUUUUUCGAUUUCAGAUGAUGAUAUCUCGGCGUGGCAAUAAGAACUAAAUUAGUUUAUAAUUGAAACGUAUUCAUUUACAGCAUCUCAUAUAAGGUAUGUCGCUAACGGUCUUCGACCGCCUCGGUUUGCCUUGAAACUUGAACCGCAAACUGCAAAUACCCACAAGUCCUCAACAGAGCUACUCAGCUACGAGUGUUGAUAUAAGCCUUUAAGUUGAUACAGGGUAACAGAAGGGAGACUUUACUGCGUCCGUGCAUACAGAAGUCAUUGCUGUUUGUGCUUCGGAAGUAGUCAUCCUUACGAAAUGUCAUUAUUGGCGGGAACAAGGAAGAAGCAAGUCAUAUCGCUCAACCCACAGGGACGAUAUUCUAUCACAGACUGGCAGCAGUUUGGCUCGAAACUUAUGCAGAAAUAUGGCUGGCAACCUGGCGAUGGACUGGGUAGCGAACGGCAGGGCGACACCGACUAUCUUCAACCCAAAUUCAAAGAUGAUCAGAGAGGUUUGGGCUGCAGCAUUCAGCAUGAAAACAACUGGCUGGCACACAAUGACGAUUUUAAUGCAAUUUUGGCCACUCUCAACAAGAAACCUGAAAACUCAGCGACAGGAAUGACAGUCGGGAAUGCUAAAUUACCGACCACAAUGCCUUUAGAAGAAAAAUCAAAAUCGACGAAAGGCCGCAUUCAUUAUCACAAGUUUGCAAAGGGAAAGGAUUUGAGUUGCCGUUCCAAAGAAGAUAUCUCUUCCAUUUUCGGUGGACGAAUUCCUUCAGCUGCUCCUACUCGGCAACAAAAGAGCGACGACAUAAGCAUCAGCGCAAUCGAAGUUAUAUCACCGGAGGUUUCAUUUGUUACCGGAUUGCAUACCACAACGAGCUCGGAUAACAUUCAGGAUUAUUUCCAGAAGAAAUUGAAACAAAAGAAGGAAAAGAUGUCAUCUCCGCUUGAACCAGAGCAAAAAGAACUUAAUAACGAUAUUCCAACUAGGGAUGUUUUGCAUCAUCAGAAAGAUGACUAUAAUGGUAUCGAAAGAAUACCUGCUGAACCUCCAGUAUCCGUUGAGUCCUGUCGAACGAAGAAGAAACGGAAGCGUGUUGAAACGGUUGUUGAAUUGGUCCCACCGGAAAUCGUGUGCGCAGACGACCAGGAGUUGGAUGACGUCUACCAUGUAGAAGACGCUGUUGAAGAAUCCCAAAAUUCUCCGGAAAUGACAACGGCUGAAAGCGGUAUCGAUCAGUGUAGCUCAGUUAAGCUUACGGAGACUGAAGUGGUUACACAAACGGAGAAGGUUAUCAAAAAGAAACGAAAAAGAGUGGAGGAAAAUUCUGUUUUCGCCACCGAGAUGAGCUCUGAUUUUGCAGUCGUGGAGAAGAUACUGCCUGAAAUGCACUUUAGCAAGUCUGUGAAAGAACAAAAUCCGGUAAUCAGAAGCGAAAAGAUCUCGCGUGACGUUGAAACAACUAAUGAAGAGAAGAAAGAAACUACAACAGUCACUAGAUCGUUUGUAAAAACAUUUUAUGGUUUAUCGAUGGAGAGUGUGCGCAAUCAUUUUCGACGUUUAUCCGAUGAACAAAAGGGUAACAUUUUUCCGGGCUCGAAUAUAUUUGAAAUCGUGGGUUAUGGCGAUGAAUUGCUGCAUUAGAGUUUAUCAUUUCUACUUGCAGAUAGUUUUGAGAUCAAAUAAAAUCGCUUGGU